CGGAAGUACAUCCAUGCACGUGUAUCGUUUGGCAACCUUGAAAAGACUACAAAACAGCGAACUAGCUGAUAGCGUAUGUCUCAGAACAGACUGCUGCCGCGAUGCCAGUAACAAGACUACUAUACCCUCUCUACCAGCUGGGGAACCCUCAGCUGAGGAUGUUCAGACCCAACUGGUUCCUGACCCUGGUGAGGCCAGGAAAAGAGCAGCCUCCUGACACUGUCCAGUUUCGCAUCCCAAUGGAAAUGACCAAGUACGACGUAAAGAACUACCUGGAAAAGAUCUAUAACGUCCCAGUAGGAGCAGUCCGCACCAGGAUACAGUUUGGCUCCAACAAGAAGAGGAAUCACCUGAAUCAGAGGGUCAAGAAGCCUGACUAUAAAGUAGCCUACAUUCAGCUGGCCCAAGGCCAGACGUUCACCUUCCCUGACGUCUUCCCGGAAAGCGACAGGACGCCGGAGGAGGGCUCCAUGGAGGAGCUGCAGGAGAAGUUCAUGGCAGACGAGAAGCAGCGGCAGAAACUUGACCCCAGGAGAGGAGGGGUCACCGAGUGGUUCGGACUCUGAGACGGCCCACUGACAUCGGGAGCAACAUAUUGAUUUACAACGAGCCUGUUGUGAUGUCACGUCUAUUUCUGUAAGAAACACUCACGAGUAUGUAGUAAAGAAGAAUGAGCAUGUGUGUGGGAGACUGGAGACAUGUGUUUGGUGGGUGUGUUUGUCAGUGUGUGUGUGUAAGAGAGAGUUUGCGAGGCUCCAGUCCAGUAACCCGAGCCAGAACAGAAUCACAUGAGGAGGAGAGUGGCCUGGCUCCAUCUUUCAUGAAACCAGCCCACCGUACAGAAUCUCCAUCACCUCAGAUGACCUCCCCUCCUUCCUCCUCCUACUCUUCCUGUUCCACCUCCUUCUCUUUUCACUCCUCCUCUUUGGCACCAGUACCUCAGCACCUCCCCCUUCUUUGUCUCUCCUCUUCCCUCAGGAGUUUCCUUUGCCUUCUCGUCUGUAGUCUCUGUUGUCCCUCUGUCUCCUUGUCCCUCUCCUACACCCCUCUUCCUCUGCCACUCUAGGGAGUGGUACAGCGUGGUAUCCCUAGUAGCCCUGACUCUCAGCCAUUUGGAUCAGCCUACCUGGACAACCCACAUCCUUUCCUCUUUUAUGAGUUUGCCUUGGAUUAAUUGACCACUUUAGGUAAACAACAAUUGAGAUGUUGUUUCAGCAAAGCAACGACAUGGAAUUUGCUGGAGUGUUUUAUUAUUUUGCGGUAGCACCUCUUGCCAUAACUCUGAGCGAAGAUUGUACACAGCGUUUGUGUGCAUGUGUUUUCCCAGCAUGCGAGGACUUGCCAGUGAAUCUGUCUAAUUGUAAAUUGCAGUUGGAAUAAGAACUAAUAAACGGUCACUUG